CAGUGCCAGUGCCAGAGGGAUGUAACCGGAUGAGAGAGGGAGAGACAGGCAGAGAGAGGAGAGAGAGAGAGAGAGAGCAAGAGGCAGGGCAAGAGGAAGAGAAGGAGAAAGAAGAAUGAGCAGCAGUGAGCAGGAGCUGAAGAGGACACCAGCGGAAGGAUUGCAUUCCCGGGGAACAUCCAAAAGUGAAGAGCUCUAAGAUAUGAUCCAGCCAGGUCUCACAGUGGGUUAAUAGUACUAUGAUUUGGUAUGUGGCCACUUUGCUAGCGGGUGUAAUCAGCACUAGAGGAUCGGCAGCUCAAGGUGCCCACAGUGCAAGGGAGGAGCCUCAGUUUGUGACUGCCCGUGCUGGUGACAGUGUGAUUCUAGGAUGUGAUGUGGUGCACCCAGUGACGGGACAACAACCCCCUUACGUGGUCGAGUGGUUUAAGUUUGGAGUUCCCAUCCCAAUCUUCAUCAAAUUUGGCUUCUAUCCUCCUCAUGUGGACCCUGAAUAUGCAGGCCGGGCCAGUCUGUAUGACAAGGCUUCACUGCGGAUUGACCAGCUGCGCUCAGAGGACCAGGGAUGGUAUGAAUGCAAAGUGCUCAUGUUGGACCAGCAAUACGACACCUUUCACAAUGGCAGCUGGGUGUAUGUCACAGUAAAUGCUCCCCCUACAUUCACAGAAACACCUCCACCUUAUGUGGAAGCCAAGGAAGGAAGUACCAUCACCCUCACUUGCACAGCCUUUGGAAACCCGAAACCUGUUGUUAGCUGGCUGCGGGAGAAAAUACUGCUGGAGAACACUCGGAAAUACACGGUGAGUGAUGGAAGCCUUACCAUUUCAUCGGUGGGUCGGAAUGACCGUGGCCCCUAUACCUGCCGGGCCUACAGUAUUCAGGGAGAGGCUGUUCACACAACUCGGCUAUUGGUUCAAGGGCCACCCUUCAUCAUCUCUCCGCCCGAAAAUAUCACAGUAAAUAUAUCGCAAGAUGCCCUCUUCACCUGUCAGGCAGAAGCAUAUCCUGGCAACUUGACGUACACCUGGUUCUGGGAGGAAGAGAAUGUCUUCUUCAAGAAUGAUCUGAAGCUGAGGGUGCGGAUUUUGAUUGAUGGCACUUUGAUCAUCUUCCGAGUCAAGCCUGAGGAUGCUGGAAAGUACACCUGCGUACCGAGUAACAGCCUUGGGCGUUCUCCUUCAGCCUCAUCUUACUUGACCGUCCAGUAUCCAGCACGAGUUGUCAACAUGCCUCCCAUGAUUUAUCUGCCUGUUGGAAUGCCUGGAUACAUCAAGUGUCCAGUGGAUGCGGAUCCCCCAGUAACACAAGUCAAGUGGACCAAAGAUGGACGACCACUAAGGAUUGAAAAGUUUCAAGGUUGGAAUUUACUAAAUGACGGGACCAUUAUGCUGGAAGAAGCUACAGAAGAAGCUCUUGGCACUUACACCUGCAUGCCUUACAACACUCUAGGUACCAUGGGACAAUCUACCCCUGCUCGACUGGUGCUUAAGGAUCCUCCUUACUUUACGGUGCUACCAGGUUGGGAGUAUCGGCAGGAAGUAGGCCGAGAACUGGUCAUUCCAUGUGCUGCUGCAGGUGAUCCAUUCCCAGUAAUCUCCUGGAGGAAGGUAGGGAAGCCCAGUAAAAGCAAGCACAACAUCCUUCCAAGCAGCAGCUUGCAAUUCAAAGCUCUCAGCAAAGAGGACCAUGGACAAUGGGAAUGUGUCGCCACCAAUGUUGUCACAAACAUCACUGCCAGCACGCGUCUCACUGUAAUCGGCACAAGUCCACAUGCUCCAACCAAUGUUAGAGUCACAGCCACGAUGACUUCUGCUAAUGCCUCCUGGGACCCAGGUUAUGAUGGUGGAUAUGAGCAGACAUUCACAGUCUGGGUAAAGAGGGCUAUGCUGGGACCCCAUGACUGGCUUUCACUGCCUGUAUCCACAGGCCUUACCUGGCUGCUGGUGGAGGGCCUGGAGCCUGAGACCACAUACCAGUUCAGUGUGCUAGCACAGAAUAAACUGGGCACAGGGCCCUUCAGUGAAGUCAUCACUGUGAACACACUGGCUUUCCCUGUUACGACCCGAGAACCACUGGUGCUGCUUUCUCCACCAAGGUGCCUAACAGCCAAUCGAACACACCAAGGAGUGUUGCUGUCUUGGCUCUCACCGGCCAACCAUAGCUAUCCGAUCGAUCAUUAUAUCAUGGAAUUCCGUCUGGGAGAUAGGUGGGAGAUUCUAGAUGAAGCAAUACCAGGGACUGAAACUGAGCUGCUGACCAAGGAGUUAUCUCUGGACUCUUGGUAUGAAUUUCGUGUGAUGGCUGUCAUGCAGGACCUGAUCAGUGAGCCAAGUAACAUAGUUGGGGUUUCUAGUUCAGAUGUCUUUCCACCACCCGAAGUGCCCGAGGAAGGCCUGGCCCGUCCAGUCGUGGCUGGGAUUGUCGCCACCAUUUGCUUCCUGGCGGCAGCCAUUUUAUUCAGUACCUUGGCUGCUUGUUUUGUUAACCGGCAGCGGAAGCGGAAGAAUAAGAGAAAGAGGGAUCCUCCUCUGUCAAUAACACACUGCCGAAAAAGUGUGGAAUCCCCAUCUUCCUCAGGAAAGGUGAGUCCUGAAAGCAUCAGAACACUGCGAGCUCCGUCAGACUCCUCUGAAGAUGCCCAAGCCAUACAUGCCAAGAUGAUGAGUCCUGGCAGAGAAAGGGAAAUGUCCCUGUACAAAAAGACAAAGCGAGCAAUAACCAGCAGGAAAUACAGUGUCUCCAAGCAUGAGGCUGAGGCUGAUGUCGCUACCCCCAUCGAACUUAUCAGCAGAGGCCCUGAUGGACGCUUCAUUAUGGAUCCCACAGAGAUGGAGACAUCAUUGAAGACGAGGAGGAUUGAGGGCUUUCCUUUCGCAGAAGAGACAGACACCUAUCCUGAGUUCCGGCAAUCAGAUGAGGAAAACAAUGAGACUCUAACUCCAACUGCCAUUAUGGGCUUGAAUUCUCAGCUCUCCCCUCUGUCAUCUAGUCAAGAGUCGUACUUACAGCCACCAGCAUACAGCCCAUCAUUCCAGAAAACAGACGAAAGCAUGGGAGGCUUAGAUACCAGGCUGCAGGCCACCGGUCAAACCAGACGACCUGCUAAAGGUUACCCUCAGAGCCAAUUUUAUGGUUAUCUCAGCAGUAGCUCUGCAGACCAAGAUGGUCAGCCAUUUUACAUGCCGGAUAUCAGUCCCCUCAGUUCAGUGAUGUCUUCACCUCUAUUACUUUCUGAAGGACCUUAUGGUCAUCCCACCCUCCCUGCGGAUCAAGGAGAUACUGAAAUUCAGCACUUGGUCGCUUCCAGUAGCACUCUGCCUUUGACUCACACGCCAACCACCAUGCGGUCUCCUGAACCAUGGAGAAGGAAGGAAUUGUCUAUCAGCAGCAUUGAAAGCUCUCCAGUUAUCUUUUCACACCAACAAGAUACACCUGAGAGUACACUGCCAAAGGCUGGUCUUCCAAGGGGCGGCCCCCCUUCCUCACUCCAGGUCCCAGCACCCUACCAUAGCGUGCUGCAACUGGAGGCACCAAAGAGUCGGACUGGCAAAACUCCCAGCAAAACAAGCGGAUCUGUCUCUCUCUCUCAAAAGCAUCCACAUCAACCUAUGCAACAGAGUCAUGGGCAGCUAAAGCAUACCAGCCAUGGUAUUAGUGCACCCACAUUGCCUUACACUGAAUCAGCCAAACAGGCUGGUCCUAGUGGCACAAGCACAUUCAGCCUGGACACCAGGUGGUACGAACCUAGACCCAGGCCCAGACCCAGCCCUAGGCAAGGCAGAAGGACUGAGGCCAGUUUACACCAGGUGGUUCUACAGCCUUCCCGACUCUCCCCUUUGACUCAGAGUCCUAUGAGUUCCCGUCACGCCUCCCCAGAGAUUUCAUCCCGUCCUCGGCCUCGGCCUAGUAUGCAGCCCCGUGGCAUCUUUCCUGCAGGUAUCUCUGUGGAGAUGUCUGAGAUUACGCUGCAGCCUCCUGCUGUUGUUAGCUUAUCCAGAAGGUCCUCUCCAUCCUCCUCACCAGCACAAAGCAGCACUGCUGGCCAGGGCAGCAGACAAGGAAGCCCCAGUUAUAGACCUCACAUGGCACUGACACCUUCUACAGGCAGCUACACAGGAUCCCCUUCUGCAGCAGAUCGCAGCGAGUUUUAUAGUCAGAUCCAUAAGAGGAGAGGUGAAGACAUUCCUCCUUUUGAACACCCACCUUCACACUUAUCUACUUCAGGGAGGCCUCCAGAUACACAUGGUGCGGCUGCUGUACCUGAGAGUUUCGAAGUACUGAGAUAUCCACGUGUGCGAAAGUCCAAGAAGGCAACCCAGCCCACUUCAAAGACGCGGCAAAAAAACAGUUUUCCAAUCUCACAGGUCCAGCAGCCCGGUGAAUCUCAGGUUCUCCAACCCCAAGGCAUUCUCUACCUCCAAAAGAAGAAGAGACACUCCCUUCAGGACCCUUAUGCUUAUUUUUCUGCCAUGAAAGAAGAGUUUCACAAGUACAGACACCAGCCUGAGGAUGAAAUGGCCAUUCUGGAUCAGGUGGAUCAUGAAGAAUACCACGGGCAGGCAACACAGCUCUAG